AUGUCUCAAAAACAGGACUUUCUGUUCGUCGACGCCGCUCAAGCAAAGACAUCUCGCCAGGGCCGCCGCAAUGCUCGUUCCUUUGUUAUGCAGAAUGCGCGCAGGAAGAACCCAUGGUCGACCAGCAAGCACGCUGCAAAGCAAAGAAAGACGGGCAGCCCGGAAAGCACAAGCCCCAACAGCGCUACCUCUCCCUCGACACACACGCCAAACACAGCAACGCCAAGUCCUCCGCUCCUCCCAAACAGAUCUGAUUACUUCCCCCUCCAGGACCGCCGUGAGUAUGCACUGGCCAGAAAACUCGUCUGCCCCGACUGUCACGUCUUUCUCGGUCGCCCUAAUGAGCGGCUGUGUCCAAGAUGUCUACUCCAGAAUCCUGCGCCUGCUCAAGACCCAAGUACCGAAUCAUUUGACCCCUUUCGCACUUCAUCCAUUGAAGUCACUCGAGAUGUAUCUGACCUUUUGAGGCAUUUCUCAACCGAGAUGGCGCCAGGGAUCAUUGCAGUCGACGUCCGCCAUCGCUCCACCCUCAUGAAGUCGGAUUGGUUUGGCACCGCGAUAAGUAACCCAGGCUUUAUGCACAGUCUGCUCUCCACCAUAGCCCUGCAUGCAUAUGUUUUUGGCAAAGGCACCAUUGACGCCAUCCUAUACCAUCGCGCACAGGCAAUCGCUGCGGUGAAUGCGGCUAUACUGACUCCAGAAGGAAUUUCUGAUGCCAACAUUGGCGCCGUCUUUAAUCUACUCACCGUCGAAGAAAGCUUGUUACUGCCAACCUUUAGGCUUGAAGAGGACCAUAUGGCACAGCUCCAGAUACACCAGAGGGGAUUGCAAAGAAUGGUACAAUUGCGUGGAGGACUCGGUGCCAUAAAGACGAACCGCAUCCUCCAGGCCUUUAUGCUUUGGCAUUCGACCGCUCACGCCGUCGCUUCUUUCCAAGCACCAAACCUCUCAACAUUAGAUUUCAUAAACACAGCAAUCUUCCCGCGUCAUCCCCCCGAAUACCGCCCGAACAUAUCAAAACAUCUCAACAACUAUUGUCGCUAUGCAGGUGUCAAGACGUCUCUCAAUGCCUUGGUAGAGUCAGUACUUGUGCUAAUAGCUGAUCUCAACGUUUGGUUUGGUGACCCCGAAAGCCCGCUGGAUCCUCUCGAUAUUCAAAACUUUGCCUGUGUUUUGGAGUGUUCAUUGCUAGCAUGGCUGCGGGAAAACGAACAUCUCGUCACGCCUCUCGAAGAUGCAUUGUGCGUUGCGCUGCUGAUUUUCACCGUGCGUACUACAGAGGCAAUGAAGGUGCAGUCACAUGUUCAUCUUCUCCAUUUUGCUGCGAGCAAGCGCCUCGAGAAGGCACUCAACUGCACCGUCCGAACUGAGUGGCAAAAUUGCCCCGACCUCUUACUGUGGAUUCUAUCCAUUGGUGCGAUAUCGGCUGAGCCCUCGCCGGAAGCCGUCUGGUUCAUCCAUCAGACAUCGCUCGCAUGCGCGGAAUUCGGUAUAUUAUCGGCAGAGAUGCUGCUUGAACGACUACAUCUAUGCGGCUGGGUCAGCUAUAAGCUGGAUAAAGCUGUGUGCCACCUAUGGGAAAGGGUUGUUAAUCUCAGGCUUGCGCCAUAUUUCGAGGCGCCCUUCAAAGCUGAAGACGCCAACAGCCCCAUCGGACCUUUGCAACACCACGUCGCCGAGCCGGAUCUGGAUGCAUGGGAAAGUAUCGACUGGGCUACACUCAGUCUGGUCCACAACCACCCAACCGAGCAACAGACGGAUGCAUCUGAUGCAGGAGAAGGACCCGCAACUGGGACACCGAAUGAAACGUUCAAUUUUGGAAGUGGCCAUGGGUUUGCAUCUGUACGCACACUGAUUGAGCGAGUCGUAUGA